CUGCGCGUUAGUUGAAAAGCAAAGCACAGAAAGAAAGAAAAGAUUUGUGAAUAUGGUCAAAAUAGCAAAGCGCAAAAUGAUGCGCACAGGUACGCUUUCUAUAUGUUUUCUUCAUUCUUGAGCAUCAAAAGACGCCAACUGUACCCUAUAUAUACACGAAGAAGCAGAGACCACGUAAGACGUAGGGACAACAAAUCUGAGGUUGUACUUUCCCUAAGCCCACGAGGUAAACAUCCCCAAAAAUUGUUGUCUCACCAGCCAUUCCCCAUUGCCCAUUUCUCUUCUCUGUCUAAAAAUUCGUAGCGAAAGAGAAAAGAACAUAAGAGAAAACGGCCAGCUCUGUUUCUGUUCCAUCCGAAACCAGAAAAUCAUUAUUUCCAGACCUAACCCAUUGUUUUGUUUGAUAGAGGAAGCAGGAAAGUCUGCAACUUUUUGGAUUUUUCUUCUUUGGUGGGGUGCGUUUGUUUGAAGCCGGUUGUUUGUGGAUUCUAUCUAUGUGCGUAUAUAUUGGUGAGGGAGGGAUGAGAAAGGAGAGGAGGGUUAAUAAGAUGAAGGGAAGGAUAUCAAGGAUUGGGCGCUAUGCAAUAGCAUCUUCUGUAAGGGACCACCAUCAACAGCCUUGCAUUACUUGCACCACGUUCAACAUCCUUGCUCCAAUCUACAAGCGCCUCAACCAUGAGGAUCCGAGUUGCCGUGAAAGUGAUAAUAGAACGUAUUGGCUGGCCAGGAAUCAUAGCAUAUUGGAUUGGUUGUUGUAUGAGAGAUCUUCCAUCAUUUGCCUUCAGGAGUUGUGGGUUGGAAAUGAAGAGCUUGUUAAUUUGUAUGAGAAGAGAUUUGGCGAUGCCGGAUAUGUUACUUUUAAGCUUGGACGGACCAACAACCGUGGCGAUGGUCUGCUGACUGCAGUGCAUAAAGACUAUUUUAAAGUACUUAACCAUCGAGAGUUGCAUUUCAAUGAUUGUGGAGACCGUGUGGCUCAGUUGUUACAUGUUGAACUAAAUCCCCCAUUCUCACAAUGCCGAAACAAUGAUGUCCGGCAGGAAAUUCUCAUCGUGAAUACCCACUUGUUAUUUCCUCAUGAUUCAAGUCUCUGUCUCGUACGAUUGCAGCAGGUCUACAAAAUCCUACAAUACGUGGAAUCGUAUCAGAAAGAGAACAAGCUUAAUCCGAUGCCCGUCAUGCUCUGUGGUGACUGGAACGGAAGCAAACGUGGACAUGUUUACAAGUUCCUUCGAUCCCAAGGAUUUGUGUCAUCAUAUGAUACUGCUCAUCAGUACACUGAUGCGGAUGCACACAAGUGGGUUAGCCACCGAAAUCAUCGGGGGAACAUAUGUGGGGUUGAUUUCAUAUGGCUUCUUAAUCCUGAUAGAUAUCGGAAACUACUAAAAACAAGUUGGAGCGAAGUAGUAUUUGGCAUGUUCAAGGAUCUACUACGGAGAGCAUCACUGACAGAAAAUGAUGCAUUUGCCUUUCUGAAGGCAGACAACCAUGGUGAUUACAUUACCUACUCAGGUUUCUGUGAAGCACUUAGACAGCUUAAUUUAAUUGGCCAUUGCAAUGGACUUAGUGUUGAAGAGACGAAGGAAUUGUGGUUUCAAGCAGACAUAGAUGGAAAUGGUGUUGUUGAUUAUUCAGAGUUUCAGCAGCAGCGAAUUUGGAACCCUACAGGGUCAGAGCAAAGAGAUGAAAAUAGCAAUGAGCGAGGUGGUGGUUCAAAGGGUAUUCAGGAGCAAACCAUUGGUUUUAGUGUAAAAAAUGCUGUUUUCUUCCCUCCUGAAGUGGAGAAAGGAAGGUGGCCUGAAGACUUUUCUCUCUCCGAUCAUGCACGACUUACUGUGGUCUUCUCGCCCAUAAGAAUGCCAUGCUCUCAGUCGACGUCCUGACCUAGGCGCUAGAACUUAGAUAAUAAGACUCCAGAAAGAAUCCAAAAGAGGAUGGGGAAAGGUUUGGGGCUAUGGAUAGGUGGGUCCUGAAAUGGAUGCAAAAACAACCAUUGGAGGUCCUUGGCAGAGAGAUCUUUUACUUUUUAUUUGAUGGAGCCAUGAUAGAUGAUUCCUGCACCUUUAUUGGUCGGACACAUUAAACACAUUAAGUCUCUUACACUCUUCAAGUGGGAAACGCCAGCACCAGUAGACUCUCAAGCACGAGUUGCUGACGUAUCACAUUCAUGUACUUCGAGGACCCUUAGCUUUGCAGUUGAUAAAAUGGGACCAGCAUCCUGCAUUGCUCUGUUCCAUUCUGCCUUUCAACUGUAUUUUCCCCUUAAUUGGGGAAAAGAAAAAGGAAAGAAACUAAGAUAAGCGAGAGAAGGUUAAGACUGGUAUACUUGUGGAUAUGUAGUCUGGUAGCGCUUACCUUUUUGUAGCAUGGUGAGAAACCUUUUGCAGCUUCUUGUAUUUUUUGUACUGCAUUCAAGAAAAGUAUACAGAAUUAUCUUGUAACAGAUUCCAGUAUGCCACAACAGAUAUGAUAUACUGAAUAGAAGAGUUACAAAUGGAACUUGUACAUUGUAUGUCAA